UCAUUGGUGAUUGAUUUUCACGGAUUUUUGUAGGUGUUGGUACCUACCUACCUAUAAAAAAAUACCUAUGUGUUUAUUAUAAACGAACAAUCAACAAAUAUUAUACGCCUAAACAAAUAUGAAGAGAAUUGUUUUAUUCGCUUUUGUACAGUAGCACCUACUUUUUAAGUAUUUUUUUUUAAAUUUGGGAAAAAGAUAUAUUACUAUUGAAAUUACAGAUAUGUACUUACUGAUCAUAAUGUUUAAUCUGAGUUAUUUAGAUCGAAUUUAUCGGAAUCUUGUACACAACGUGAUAAUGCAUAAAUAGAGUGAACCAUGUGUAAUUCAAUAAAAUUGGCGUAAAAAAUGGGGCUAAUCCUUAAAUAUUUUGGUAUUUUGUUAACAUUAAAUGGUGUAUUAUUAGUUUUCGCACACGAAGAUUCAGUUGGAGAAUGUAACAAUACAACUACAGCUCGAGUUGAAUAUGAGUACAACACAGAUGUUGUUAGUACUGAGCAUAUUAUCACCUUUAAUGGUUAUUUUAUGAAAUCUACACGAGAAAAAUAUGUUACUGCUGCAUUGAGUAACAUUGGGAUAUCAAAUUGGACAAUACUACAACGGAAUAAUCCGGCAAAUGAGUUUCCUAGCGACUUUGAUGUUAUUAUCCUGGAGGAAGGAGGACGUCGAGGAUUGGAUGCAUUGCGCGACCACCCUGCCAUUCGCAGGGUAACCAUCCAACGGCAGGUUCAGAGGACCAUCAAGUACAUUCAAGAGGAUGAUUGCGGCUCACCACCCUGCUUAUACAGUGGAUGGCGAAACCACCGCGCACGAAAUAUCCGUUCCUUCAGAAAAACACGUGAGAAUGGCGGUUACUCGUCCAGGAAGUUACUGAGAACGGUGCCGCGUCAGAUCACGUCAGUGCUCAAGGCAGACGUCCUCUGGUCACUUGGCGUCACAGGUGAAGGCAUCAAAGUGGCCGUGUUCGACACGGGUCUAGCGCGUCACCACCCACAUUUCGGGCGAGUAAGGGAGCGCACCGACUGGACCGGGGAGAACACGUUGGACGACGCGCUGGGCCAUGGGACCUUCGUAGCGGGCGUCAUAGCGUCCCGGGCCGACUGCCUGGGAUUCGCGCCAGACGCAGAUCUCCAUAUAUUUAGAGUGUUCACGGAUAAUCAGGUCUCAUACACGUCGUGGUUCCUGGACGCGUUCAACUACGCGAUAAUGCGGAAGAUCGACAUUUUAAAUCUCAGUAUCGGAGGACCUGAUUUUAUGGACCAUCCCUUUGUUGAUAAGGUGUGGGAACUCAGUGCUAAUAGGGUAAUAAUGGUAUCGGCGAUUGGCAACGACGGUCCCUUGUACGGUACACUCAACAACCCGGCGGAUCAGAUGGACGUCAUCGGUGUGGGCGGUAUUGGGUUCGAUGACCGCAUCGCCAAGUUUUCCUCUAGGGGGAUGACUACUUGGGAACUGCCACACGGCUACGGUCGCAUGAAGCCGGACAUAGUGACGUACGGCAGCGGCGUGCAGGGAUCUAGUGUUUCGGGCGGCUGCAGAUCUCUAAGUGGUACCUCAGUCGCUUCUCCAGUUGUAGCCGGGGCUAUCGCGUUGUUAGCUAGCGGUGUGCCCCGACAUCACCUCACUCCGGCCUCAGUCAAACAAGCUUUGUGCAUCACCGCGCAACGACUCAACGGCCCUAAUAUGUUCGAACAGGGCCAUGGGAAAUUGGACCUUAUUAGUGCUUAUCAGUUUCUUCGGGAAUACGAGCCGCAAGCGAGCCUGAGCCCUCCAUACAUUGACCUCACAGAAUGCCAGUACAUGUGGCCGUAUUGCACUCAGCCGCUCUACCACAGCGCGCAGCCAACUAUUGCUAACGUUACGGUCAUCAACGGACUUGGAGUGGCCGGUGAAGUGAAAGAAGUAAGCUGGCACCCCCACCUGCCCCACGGGCCGCUGUUGUCGGUGUGGAGCGAGCACAGUCCGAUCCUGUGGCCGUGGUCCGGCUGGAUGGCGCUCAGCUUCAGCGUUACAGAGGAAGGCGCUGAUUUCGAUGGAAUUAUUGAAGGUCACGUGAAUGUCACUAUUGAAAGCCACACCGAUUUUGGCGAUAGGACUAUGAAAAAUGUAACUCUUAUGCUUCCUAUACGCGCCCGUAUUAUCCCAGUACCGGUGCGAUCGCGUCGUCUUCUGUGGGAUCAAUUCCACAGCCUCCGUUAUCCCGGGGGGUAUUUCCCCCGGGACGAUCUCCGAGCCAAACACGACCCCCUGGACUGGCACGCCGACCAUAUCCAUACAAACUUUAGAGAUAUGUACCGACGGCUAAGAGAACACGGGUUUUAUCUCGAAGUAAUGGGUACUCCUUUGACUUGUAUCGAUACCUCCCUAUACGGGGCUUUACUAUUAGUAGACCCUGAAGAUGAAUACUUCCCCGAAGAAAUGUCCACUUUGAAGAAAGCUGUGGACGCGGGCUUAUCUCUUGUGGUGUUCGCUGACUGGUACAAUGCUUCUUUGCUGCGACACGUCAAGUUUUAUGAUGAGAAUACGAGGCAAUGGUGGAUACCAGAAACAGGAGGUGCUAACGUCCCGGCAUUGAAUGAUUUAUUGAGCAUGUAUCAGGUGGCGCUAGGUGACCGCGUGUUUGAAGGCACUUUCAAACUGGGCGGCCAUUCUAUGUACUACGCCAGCGGUACACACAUACACAGUUUUCCUGAGCACGGGGUACUUAUUACAGCUCGUUUGAGCGAUCAAGGGCACCAGAUAAUGUCCGGCGAGAAACUAACUGGUUCUACGUCGAGUACCACCACGCAGACGGUGGAUGUUCCUAUAUUAGGACUACUGCAGACCGACGGCGAAACGAGGGACUACGCCAACGAUACCAUAGAUAAAGUGCCUAAGGCCGGCAGACUAGUGGUAUACGGCGACUCCUCCUGCCUAGAAGGCGGGGCGGCCCGGCCUUGCCAUUGGCUGUUGCUAGCCGCGUUACAAUACGCGCUUGUCGGACAUCUGCCUUCAGUUCUCAAGGAGGCGGCCACACCGCGUCAGAAUAGACUGCGGGACGUACAUAUUAUACCGUCAGAUCUCCCGAAGCGAGCGGAAGGCGGUCGUCUCCACGUGUAUUCUCGAGUUUUAUCCCCGGACGGGAGUGGCCCCCGCCCCGUCCCGGAAUGCCCCAAAGCGAACCCCAUGACCCCUCAGCCGGUGCAUGCGGCCCCAGCGGCAAGGACAUUGGCCCCGAGACAUCAACCGACUGACCCUAAGAGCAUUGGGGCUCCAGAAAUUGAAGGCACAGAACCCGCUCCCAGGGCAUGGCGCGGUGCAGGGGCGGCUCCUUCCAGAUCCCACCCGGGAAUCGAACCGCAAUACCCCAGCACCACCAACCGAGCACUCACGCUAUUAGCCAUCAUAGCCAUCAUUUACUGCAUAACAGCUCUGUGGAAACGAUGUGGAAGGAAAAUCAGGAGGCGGAGACUCAUGUCCCUCGCCACCUAGCGGAAAGUGAACUCAAAUAAUGGAUAGAAAAACGAGUAGUGUGGAUGUGUACUUGUGUGUGUGUGGAAAGCAGUAUAUUAUGCGCUUUAUAUGCAGCAAGAACAUCCCAGAAAGGAAGAAAAUAGACUCUAAUUAGUAUGUAUUUGAAAUAAUUGAAUUCCAUCUGAUUAAUUCAUAUAUUCUAAUGGAAAUUUGUCAGUAUUUUGUACUAUCCCGAUUGAAAGACUCCUAUAAAACUUAACCUACCAGGGAGAGCAAUAUUAGGUACUAAGGGAUUAAUAAUGAAAUGUAAAUUAUUGAAAGCUAUUUAUUAAAAUAAACACUUGUAUGAUUGUGUAUUGUGCGUGUACAUAUGAGUAUAAUGCUCUGCCUUCGUUCGCCUUGUGAAGGUAUCGCUGAGAAAAGACAACGUUAAAAGAAAUGUUUCGUUGUUUUGUACAUAUAUUUUGUUACGGUAAAGAUUAUCUUAUCAUUAAACGUUGUAAAAAAGUUUUUAUAUAAAGAAAUGUAAUAAUUAAUUGAAAUCUAAAACUAACUCUUAGAUAGUCGUUGAUUUAAAUUAAAUCGUGGCGCGUCGUAUUAAUUUUUUGUACAGUCAAACGCUUAUACGCUUUUGGUACAUAUUGCCUCACGACUUUAUUUUAAUCGACAACUAUUUAAUUAAUUACUAGGUAUUUUUAACUACUUAACCGUCAAAUUAAAUAAAUCUGAUAUUAUUCUAAAAAUGCUGAGUAAACAUAGUAUAGAGAAAAUACAUAUCUAAGUUUGUUACAUAAGUAUAUAUUAAACAAACAAAAUUAUUAGUCAUGUAAAUAGCACAUUAAGUUUAUUAAAUGGAUUAUAUAGUAUGAUAAACAUAUAACAAUUCUAUCUCAUCUGUUCAAAUGAGCGCUGUUCUUAAGAAAAUCUUAUCGCAGCCUACUUUAAAAUUAUGAUAAAUUUAGGAAAAUAGAUUGGUGGCUAUUUCUUAUAUUUUGUUAUUAUCGUCUAGAUACGAUUAUACAAUAUUUGGAGUAUCGUUUUUAAAGCUCUUGCUAAUGACGUAACUAUGUACGGUAUAACGGUAACGGUAUAACUGGUACGGCGCUACGUAUUUGACCUAAAUUACCACUGUCUAUAGAUGUAUACCAUAUAAAUCUACUUUGUUAUUCAUGUUUUAAUAUCAUUGAAAUAUUUUCGUGUCUAUACUCUUAUGAGAUUGUUAGCUUUUUAUUCAACCACGAUUUACAAGUUUUACGAAGUAAGGUCAUCAUCUCACUUAUUGAGGUAUUUAUGGUUAUAAACGAUCAACUGCUUCAUUACCUACUUAAAGAGUUUUACUUAUAACUGAGCAGUACUAGGGUACACCCGCGGCUCCGCCCGCGUGAAAUGAAAAGUCCCUCUUAUUUCUAUCCCCGCCUUAAUUGCGAGAAAUCCUGUCAUAGGGUGCUCUUUGAGAGAAUAUACUCGUACCACAUACCAAAUUUCAAAUCUAUUUCAUUGGACCCAUCGGUUUAGGCUGGGCUUUUAUGUAAUUUACAUAUAAUAUAGAUAUGUAGUGACAGCCUAAAAUGCUGUGGAUGUCUGUUUAGAAAUUAAACAAAAUAAAUAUAGGUGUUAAAUAAAUUAUGAAUAAUUUGUGCAAGCCAAAGCAUCUAGCGUAGAUAAUAUUUGUGUAGAGAAUGUUUGUUUUUCUUUAGAUUACUAUGUUUAUGGAUAUCAGCUGUAUAUUUUUUAUGUUUAUUUUUGUUUAACGUAGCUAAAGGCGGGUCCGUAGCGGCGUUUUACAUGUGCAAACAGGAUAAUAUUGUUUAACAAAAUUAAAUAAGGCGCUGCGUAAUCCACCUAAGAUGUACAGAAAGUUUAAAAUGAAGAAACAUUUCUACAACAUUCUGAGUAGCCGCUACUCUGUAGUUUCAAUAUUUUGUAAUUAACAGCAUUGGAUGUUUUGAUUAUCUGGGAGAGAAAAAGGAUCUUUAAAAAUGUGGCUGAAUCGAAAAACUUAACGACUACUGGUUGUAUUAUUUUUAAUAUUGUUCACGCACAUGGAACACAUAAAAUAAAUAAAUAAUGACAUACAGACAGAUUUACUUUAUUUAGUCUGUAGAUGACAGCUUAUACAGCUAUACUCAUAAAUGCAAAAAUAACAAAGCUCAGUUCAAUUAAUUAUAUAACAAUGAUACGAUAUCCUUUAUUAAUUAUAUCUUGAUAUUAUAAAAUUACUCGUAGCGGUAUAUGAAGUUAUAAUUCAAAAGUAUUUUAUAAACAAAACACAGUGAACCAUCACAAUUAUUAGAUUUAUAUGUAUUAUGUAUUACUUAGAUAAUUGCAUUAAAAAUCUUAUUCUUAUGUAUUAGUUGUUUAUAUUAAUAUGUGUACCUAUUUGAUAAUUUACUUUUACCAUAUGUUUGUAAAUAUAGAUUUAAUGGUUUUUAUAAGUAGAUAUUUUAGUAGAACUUUGAAGUGUAACAAUUGAACGACUGACAUGUUACUUUCUCGAGAAGAUUGUUAGAUAUUAUAUAUCUGGAGCUUGAAAAUGGUGAUUGUUUAUU